AUGUCUGCCGAAGAACCUAAAGUCGCCCAACCAGCGCAAGAACAAGCUCAAAAAGCCGAAGCUGCCAAGAAGGAACGCAAGCCAAAGGAGAAGAAAGCUCCAAAAGAGAAAAAAGAAGCGAAACCAAAGGCACCAAAAGCACAAAAAGAGGGAGAGAAGACUGACUUGAGAAAGCGUCUUGACAAAGACAAGGACUUUUCCGAGUGGUAUUCUGAAAUAGUAGUUCGUUCACAACUGAUUGAGUACUACGACAUUUCCGGCUGUUAUAUUUUGAGACCAGCAGCUUAUGGACUUUGGGAGAACAUCCAACAGUUCAUCGACAAGAGAAUUAAAAGAAUGGGUGUUGAGAACACUUACUUCCCAUGUUUUGUCUCACAAGCUGCUUUGAAGAAAGAAGAAGAUGAGUUGAAUGGGUUUACACCAGAAGUUGCUUGGGUCACAAAGUCGGGCAGUUCGGACUUACAAGAACCAAUUGCUUUAAGACCAACUUCGGAGACUGUCAUGUACCCGGCUUUCAAGAAUUGGAUCACUGGACAUCGAGACUUGCCAUUGAAAGUCAACCAAUGGUGUAAUGUCGUCAGAUGGGAGUUCUCCCACCCCUACCCAUUCAUCAGAACAAGAGAAUUCUUGUGGCAAGAAGGACACACUGCUUAUGACAAUCAACCCGACUGUGAAAAGGAGUGCAGACAAAUUUUGGAGUUAUAUGCUUCAGUAUAUGAAGACUUAUUGGCUGUCCCAGUCAUUAGAGGAAAGAAGUCCAAAGGAGAAACAUUCCCGGGCGCUUAUUACAGUUUGACCGUCGAAUGCAUCAUACCAACUAAUGGAAGAUCGGUCCAGGCUGCUACAUCCCACCAUCUUGGCCAAACAUUCUCCAAACUGUUUAACAUUCAAUACGAAGAUGACUCAAAGAAGAAGCAAUUUGUCUUCCAGAACUCUUGGGGGUUGUCCACAAGAUCAAUUGGAGUCACCGUGAUGACUCACGGAGAUAACAAGGGUAUCAUCUUACCACCACGCGCUGCGGGAAAGCAAGUUGUGAUCGUCCCAUUACAUCACAAAGGCUCAAACAACGACGAAAUCGACGCGAAAGCAAACGAAUUGUGUGAAUUACUCUUAGACAAUGAUAUCAGAGCAUUUGCUGAUUGUAAUGACAUGCACAAUCCAGGCUGGAAAUUCACAGAAUACGAGUUAAGAGGUAUUCCAUUGAGAAUAGAACUUGGUCCAAGAGACUUUGCAGGGAAGAAGGUUGUCAUAGUCAGAAGAGAUAACGGCGCCAAAGAAGAAUGCCUUUGGGAGAACUUAGUAGCAACCAUCAAGAAGACGAUCGAUGUUAUGCACAACGACAUGUACCAAAAAGCCUUAAAAACAAGAGACGAGCAUCUUGCCAACAUUUCUACAUGGGAAGAAUUUUUGAAUCAACUUGACAAGAGAAACGCUUGCAUUGCCCCAUGGUGUGAAGACCCAGCUUGUGAAAAGACUAUUAAAGAAAAGUCUGCUGCAGACUCAUUGAAGAGAGCAUCGGACUUGGGAGACAGCGCAAACAUUUUGACUGGUGCCGCCAAGGUGUUGUGUAUCCCAGUUAACCAAGAACCACUGAAGGAAGGAGCUGUUUGUUUCCAAUGUGGAAAGAAAGCCACAUGUUAUGGGUGCUUUGGAAGAUCGUAUUAA